CGUGCCGGCCGGCUGCCCAGGCGGCCUCCCCCGCCCCCUCGGCGUCCGGCUCCCGCCCCCGGCUUCGCCUCCCGCUGCCGCCGCCGCCGACGCCGCCGCAGCCGCUACUGCCGCUGCCGCCGCUUCUCGCGGCCUGGGCCUCCCGCCGUCAGCAUGCCACACGCCUUCAAGCCCGGGGACUUGGUGUUCGCUAAGAUGAAGGGCUACCCGCACUGGCCAGCCCGGAUUGAUGACAUCGCCGACGGUGCCGUGAAGCCCCCACCCAACAAGUACCCCAUCUUUUUCUUUGGCACACACGAAACAGCCUUCCUGGGACCCAAGGACCUGUUCCCCUACGACAAGUGUAAAGACAAGUACGGGAAACCCAACAAGAGGAAAGGCUUCAAUGAAGGGCUGUGGGAGAUCCAGAACAACCCCCACGCCAGCUACAGUGCCCCUCCGCCAGUGAGCUCCUCUGACAGCGAGGCCCCCGAGGCCAACCCCACCGGUGGCAGUGAUGCUGAUGAGGACGACGAGGACCGGGGGGUCAUGGCUGUCACAACGGUGACCGCCACAGCUGCCAGCGACAGGAUGGAGAGCGACUCAGACUCAGACAAGAGCAGUGACAACAGCGGCCUGAAGAGGAAGACGCUGGCGCUAAAGGUAGGGGAGGACUGUGGCGGGCUGGCCCUUCGUCCCCUCGCUCUCAUGCCCGCCUGGCAGCCUGCUCUCCCUCCCCUGCCUAGUACCCCCCUCCACGCCGAGGAGGAGGAGGUGGAAGGCCCAGCAGCUGCUGGUGUGCGCAGGGCCGCCUGGGAUCCGGGUUUCCACGUGGGUGGAGGUGGGUUUUGGGCUGGACGGGGCUGGGAGCUGGGUCGUGAGCCGAGGCCUGCAGAGCCUGGCGGCGUCCGGGGUGCAGGAGCCCUUCUGGCCGGGUGCGCCCCGCUUCUCACGGCGGGGCUCCUCAUGCUCAGGCCUGUCCCUGCUUCUCCCCAGAAGGCGCCGUCGGCCUCCGACUCCGACUCCAAGGCAGACUCGGACGGGGCCAAGCCUGAGCCGGUGGCCGUAGCGCGGUCGGCGUCCUCCUCCUCCUCCUCCUCCUCGUCCUCCGACUCGGACGUGUCUGUGAAGAAGCCUCCGAGGGGCAGGAAGCCAGCUGAGAAGCCUCCCCCAAAACCGCGAGGGCGGAAACCGAAGCCUGAGCGGCCUCCGUCCAGCUCCAGCAGCAACAGUGACAGCGACGAGGUUGACCGCAUCAGUGAGUGGAAGCGGCGGGACGAGGCGCGGCGGCGGGAGCUGGAGGCCCGGCGGCGGCGCGAGCAGGAGGAGGAGCUGCGGCGGCUGCGGGAGCAGGAGAAGGAGGAGAAGGAGCGGAGGCGCGAGCGGGCCGAGCGCGGGGAGGCCGAGCGGGGCAGCGGCGGCAGCAGCGGCGACGAGCUCAGGGACGACGACGAGCCCGUCAAGAAGCGGGGACGCAAGGGCCGGGGCCGGGGACCCCCGUCCUCGUCCGACUCCGAGCCUGAGGCCGAGCUGGAGAGAGAGGCCAAGAAAUCAGCCAAGAAGCUGCAGUCCCCAAGCACAGAGUCCGCCAGGAAACCUGGCCAGAAGGAGAAGAGAGUGCGGCCUGAGGAGAAGCCUCGAGCCAAGCCCGUGAAGGUGGAGCGGACCCGGAAGCGGUCCGAGGGCUUCUCGCUGGACAGGAAGGUGGAGAAGAAGAAAGAGCCCUCUGUGGAGGAGAAGCUACAGAAGCUGCACAGUGAGAUCAAGUUCGCCCUGAAGGUCGACAGCCCGGACGUGAAGAGGUGCCUGAAUGCCCUGGAGGAGCUAGGGACCCUGCAGGUGACCUCGCAGAUCCUCCAGAAGAACACAGAUGUGGUGGCCACCUUGAAGAAGAUUCGCCGUUACAAAGCAAACAAGGACGUGAUGGAGAAGGCGGCAGAAGUCUACACCCGGCUCAAGUCGAGGGUCCUGGGCCCAAAGAUCGAGGCGGUGCAGAAAGCGAACAAGGCUGGGACAGAGAAGGAGAAAGCCGAGGAGAAGCUGCCCGGGGAGGAGCUAGCUGGGGAGGAGGCCCCCCAGGAGAAGGCGGAGGACAAGCCCAGCACUGAUCUCUCUGCCCCGGUGAACGGCGAAGCCUCAUCGCAGAAGGGGGAGAGCGUGGAGGACAAGGAGCAUGAGGAGGGUCAGGACUCGGAGGAGGGGCCGAGAUGUGGCUCCUCUGAAGACCUGCACGACAGCCUGCGGGAGGGCCCUGACCUGGACAGGCCUGGGAGCGACCGGCCGGAGCACGAGAGGGCGCGGGGGGACUCGGCGGCCCUGGACGAGGAGAGCUGAGCCAAGGGCCCCAGGGCCCAGCCCCUGCCCCAGCUCAGCCCGCCGCAGGCUGCCCGUCUCCUUCCCUGGCUGGCGGGAGAGCAGAGCGAGAACUGUGGGGAAGCGCCGUGCUGUUUGUAUUUGGUCCCUUGGGUUUUUUUUUUUUUUGCCUAAUUUCUGUGAUUUCCAAGCACCAUGAAAUGAUGAUAAAGGGUUUUUUAAUGAAACA